CGUUGUUGGGGUUUUUGUGGGAUUGCGACAAUGCUGAGAAAAACUGGAACAAAACUGGCCAUUGUAUUUUUGACAUUGACCUUUAUUUUUUGGCUUACUUCUAUGGUAACUCCUGGCUGGUUUGUUCUUUUUUACAAAGAUCAUGUCGUCCAAACAAAGAUAAGCAUUUUUUACAUCACAGUUUGCAUCAAUGACACGUGUGAUAGCCAUAAUUACAGAGAUAUCUCCGGAGUUGCCGGCCUCCCUCUUCAUGUACCACAACAAGUUAUGAGCCUUUUAGCUCUCGUCCUGUGUGCAAUAUCGGGUAUUUUGGUGAUCAUUCCGAUUAAUCGUACAGCGACUAAAUUUCUUACAGUUGUAAUCAUCAUUCCUGUCGCAGCAAUUUUUCAAAGCGUUCUGAUUCUACUGUUUGCUGUGGCAAACGCUAUGUUUACGUCCAGAACAACUGACACAUAUGCGGUGUUGUUUCCGUACUCGAUUCUACUGAGUGGACUUGGUACGCUGCUCUCUAUCGUUGCCUGGGUGAUUUGUGUUGUCGUCUACAACAAUGAGCGUAAACGGGAAUCUGAGAACCAACGUCAUAGUAUGGAGCACACAGAACCACUUCCUGUUGCAGAGAUGCCGUUCUAACCGAGUAACCAAAUAGACAAAACCAACGUUCAAAGAUAAUUUAAUUCAUAUGAAUCAUUUGAUUCGUCAAUGUUGAAGACGUCGUUUAGUAGAUUAUAAGUCGUAAAUAUAAAUGGUGACAUCAAAAGGGAAUGACAAUAUUUGUUUACGUGUCUAAUUGACAAAAUACUUUGACUUGAUUUGUACAUUGUAUAUACCUGCAAUCAUAAUAUUGUAGUAGUUUCACAUAUUUUGUUGAUAUAGUUUUUUAAGUUUUAAGGGUUGUGUUUACCACUUUAUAAUCUGAAAAUAUCAUUUGGCAAAAUGCAAUAGGGGCAAUAUAUCAUUUUUUACAUCAUUUAGUUUCAAAGGAGACAAUCAUGCUUAUCUCAGAGAUUACGUAUAUUUCUAUUUUAUUCUUUUUACAAUUCUAUGUCAAUUUACUUACUUAAUUAUAUCUUUGACUAUGCCAAUCUAUCGUCUUUCCAUUGUGAAUUACAGGUCACAUGAUGUGUUUUCACUGAUAAGGCGUUUACAACAUUAAAACUUUUUUUGUAACUUGUAUACUUUGGUAUCAUUUUUCAGAUAUCCAGGAUGAAUAUUUUCAGAAAUAUUUUGAAUAUCAAAAUUAUGUGUAUUUCAAAGGUAUAAUACAUUUUGUUCAUUAUUUUUUAUAUAUACGUUGAAAAUAUUCUGUGUGUAUGAAAACAUUUUCCGGCACAAUUAUUCAUCAAUUUGAUCAAAUAAGAGCAUUAAGGAGGUCAUAUUUGUCUUUUUUUUGUUUCUUUUCACUUCAACAUUUUGUCAUUGAUUUCAAAGAUUGGAAGCUUUCUUACUUUAAGAAAAACAUGAUACAUGUAUAUACAUUGUAUUCACAAGCGUGCACUUGAUGUUUUCUUUUAAAAAUAACUUAUAGGAAAUACCCUUUUUUAUCAAAUACGUAAUUUUUGUGAAUAAUGUCGAUAUUUUAUUUCAUCUGUUUUAUGUCGUUGAUCAGGCAAUUGAUCAUUAUAUACUUUGAUUGUAUACGAUUUAAUCUAUUUUUCAGGAAAUCAAAUUAUUCAAAAAUUUGGUGGAAAAAUAAUAAAGCAAUAAUUUCGUUAAAUUUUGAUUUAAGAUUUUAAAUGCAUUCCUUUACAUUAAGGAAAUAUCUUAAAUCUAAAAUUGUAAAAGAGACUUCACUGGGUACGUCAAAUGCCAAACAAUGCAAACAAUAAUCAUUAUAAAGUCAAUUGUCAUAUUUCGUCAAAAUUAAGCAU